AUGAAGUUCAUUCUCGUCACCUUCGCCCUGGUUGCCUCCGUUCUCGCUGGUGGCUCUCAUCCUGAGAGCGGCAAGACCUGCAGCAGCGGCCAGAGCGUUGUCUGCAAGGACAACGGUAACGGUGGUCUGCUCACCCUCGGCAAUGUCGCCCCUGGUGCCCUCGGCGAGAGCUGUGCCGGCGGUGACGUCUACUGCUGUGACGACAACGAUGUCGCCAGCGGCCUUGUCAACCUCGAUGUCAACGCUCAGUGCAGUCUGAACCACCUUCUGUAA